UAUGCAGUACUGCGAAUUUUGCAGACUCUGUUUAGUGGCUGCAAGGAGACAGCUAAUAAUCCAAGCAGGAGCUCAACCAACCGGCGGCCAUGAUAUACGCAUGCUGCCCAAUGCAACCACAGUCCAAGGCUUCACAUGCUUUGAUCCCUCCCCUCUCCUCUCUUCUCCUCAGCUCUCAGUCUCACCCUCACCACCAAGAGAGAACACUUCGAUUCUUGGAAGAGAAAGAUCGAUUCAGGAGUGUCGAGUCGAUCGCAAAGAACUCGAUCAUCCGGGUGCUGAAUCGCGCCAUCUUGAUCUCAUCUCGGCAUAGGAAGAUUUCACCUCGAUCGGAGGCAUUAGAUCUUGUUCUUGCUGGAUACAACCGAUGAUGGCGAUGAAGGGCUACUUCCGGGCGCCGAGGCUCCACGGGAGGAAGCAGCAGCAGGCGGCGGCGCAGCGGGGGGAGCUCUGCGGCGGGGAGAGCCUGAGCGCCGCGCUGCUCGAAGCCGGCGACGAGCUGGCGGCGGCGGUGGCGGUGCCGAAGGGUUACUUCGCUGUGUACGUGGGCGCGGAGGCGCGGCGGUUCGUGGUGCCGACGAGCUACCUCCGCCAGCCGGCGUUCCGGGACCUCAUGGAGCGCGCCGCCGACGAGUUCGGCUUCGCGCAGGCCGGCGGCAUCCGCAUCCCGUGCCGCGAGGAGGACUUCCAGGCCACCGUCGCCGCGCUCGAGGCCGCUGUUGCGGCGCGCCGGCGCCGGCGGCCGGGCAGAGCUGGCAUGGCGGCGGCCAAGUUGCCAAAGGCCUGGUCGUUGUAGCAAUCUACCUAGCAGCCGGGCAGCCACGACAUGCAGAAUUAUUGCAGUCUUGGAGAUCAUGAGGAUCAAACUGACUUGAUUAACUCAAAUCAGUGAAAGCACCCCUGGUUUCUAUUAUGCUAUGCUUCAUUAGGCAUUCAGUGGAGUAAUGUUUGUUUUGUAAGGGCUCCAAAACUGACAUGAAACAAGAAAAGGAAUUUCAAUAACUACCUCUAUGUAUUUCUCUGGUUAAUGUGAAAUUUUG